CUCCCCACUCCACUCAAGAACUCCCCCCCUAAAGAAGAGAAGAUCGAGUAUUAGAAAACACAGAUUCCUCAAAAAAAAAAACAAAGAUGCUGGGGAAGCGAGGUCGGCCUCCGUUCCGGCGAACCGCCAGCAUGACGGGGAUCACCUUCGAUUUGGGAAACGACGUCGAAGAGGGUCGGCCUCCGGCGCUCUUUGUAGAUGAUGGGUUCAAGCCUUUAGAGCAAGGGCCGUCGUCGGAGCGGCAGAACGCCGCGGUGGUGCCGAACGGGAACGGGUAUGACCUCCAGUACACGGCCAUGAUUUCGCCGAGAUACUACGCCGCUUGGAGGGCCUCCGGCGAUGGUUACAAUAUACAGACGGCUGAUUUCUUGAGGAGUUGCGGCCUUUGCAACCGCCGGUUGACUCCCGGCCGUGACAUCUAUAUGUACAGGGGUGACACAGCAUUUUGUAGUCAAGAAUGUCGGGAACAACAAAUGAAGCAAGACGAAAGAAAGGAGAAGUGCAAAGUGAAGCUGGGGAGCAAGGGCGAAAACCACCACAAUCUUUCUGAAAUCUCCACCGCUAAUUCAGACGCUGCUGCCGCCUCCGGCAAGAACGAGACGGUGGCGGCUGCCUAAACAACGUAACUGCCACCGUGCAAGCUAUGGUGUAACGAUAUGUAUGUAUGUAUGUAUGUAUAUAUACGUACGUCGUACGUUUCCAUGCACGCAACGUAACAGCGCUUAGUUUUACCAUGAUGAGCAUAUAUAUAUAUAUAUAUACGAGUAAUUAUUAAUAAGUAUGGUGUGGGUAAUUAAUUAAGGCUUUAUUAUAUUGCGUUAAUUUUCAUGCAAGGAUUAUCACUUUGUGUCUCCAACGUUUGCACUUGUUGUACCAAAGGUAAUGUAGCUAGUACUUCGAUCGAUCUCCCUGUGGUUAAUCAUUAAUGUGAUGAAAUCUAAUGUCAAAUUAGUACAGUGAUGUACGUAGAA